AUGCGUGUAUUUCGUUGGACCAGGGAUUUUCAUGUGCAUAUAGAGUCAUCUCUGGUACCGGUUUGGGUUGAUCUUCCAAAUUUACCUAUUCACUAUUUCGAUAAACAUUUUUUGUUCUCCAUACUAUCUCCAAUUGGAAGACCAUUAUUCCUGGAUUCGGCAACGACUGCUGGGACACGUCCUAGUGUCGUCAGGGUGUGCGUGGAGAUUGAUGUAGCGAAGAUAGUUGUGCCGAGGAUCUGGGUGGCUGUUGAAGGAGAAUUAGGCUUUUGGCAAAGAAUUGUACCAGACAACAUGCCAUCAUAUUGUUCAUCUUGCUGGAGAUUGGGUCAUUCGUCUGAGAAUUGUAAGAAGAAUUUCACCGAGAUUGGAUAUCGACACAACAAUAAUCAAUCUAUACGGCUGCAACGUGGUUCACAAUUACUUGGAAACAAUCAGCAUGCGUUAGUUACACCUGUGUGCAACAUAGAAGCUAACGGGAAAGUAAAUGCGCAACUUUCUAGGGCGGUUGAGGACGAAGGAACGACUAUAGGUGUAAUGGAGAAAACUGUUGAAUCUGCUCUGCUAGCUGAGGAAGGGGAAACAAUACUUCCACAAGAUGAUAAGUCCAACUGUGUUGCUGUCAAAGAUCACGCUGUCGAGAAGGGACGAAAAACAGAACCUUCGGCUGCUGAUGCAUAUGGAUAG